AUGGGACUUGAUCACAUCUGCGAAGGUUUUGACAUCAAAUUCAUGGCCAGCCGGAACGCGAAUGCACCGAACGUUGUACUGAAUGACAUGUCCCUGGAGACGGCUUUAUGGCAGAACGGUGUAUUGGUCUCUCAGAUCACGAAUGAACUCGUGGAAGACGAGGUCCGGCCGACUCUCGCAGGUUCGACUGGAAGUCAACGGCGAGUGGCGGUGGCGACGUCUAUUCGAGGAACAAAUAGCUUGAAGUCGUGCGUACUAACGAGUCCUGGCUCAACUAAGGAGGUCCAGAUAUUGCAAACGUUGUGCAUCAAGGCUCAACCGAUCUGCUUCAUAGUAUACGAUGUAGAGCAGGGUUUAACACCUGCCGCUGCACUCGUCGGCCUGAAACGUUGCGGGCCUCUGGAUCUCAGUUCCCUUCUCACGUCCCGUGACUGGCGCCUUCACACAGCAACUUCUAGUUCCCCUCCCGUUCCAGGAGAUGCCUACCCGUGGUUUGCUGAUCCUGGCGCAGUCGAAUGUGCAUCUGCACCUGACGGGGAUGUCCAUGCGCGCCCUUCUUGUCCCCAUGUCAAUGAUGGAGACUUGGGACGACGAAAGAAUGAGAACGGCUCUUCGGUGACCCGGCAACCCAAUCCCGCUUCCGCGCCAUCACCAGUCACAUCGGAGCCGUUGCGUUCUGGUGCAGACGAAGACCUUCCAACAUCCGAGUGGAAUGAGGAUACUCAAGCGAGGCCUGCUAGAAUCCAUAUAAGUGAUGCGGGCUUGAGACGAAGGGUCAGCUGGGCAACCUGGCAAUCGCAUCCUGAUUUCCCGCCAUCACCAGCACAGUUAGGGUCGUCGCUUCCUAAAGCGCAUUAUCCUUUAGUUUCUGCUGGAGCGCCUUUCGAUCGAGAUCGUUUGCUGGAGUUUGACGUGGAGACAGAAGAAUACGAGCAGCUCCUUGGCCCACGCUCUCCUUUGCUCAACUUCACGGACACAAUAAACCAGCAGUUUGUACAGGGAUUGGAAGAGGGCUCGAGCCGACGAACGACUGUGGUCGGCUCUUGGGAAUCUCGGGAACCGGAUCCCCCUGUCUUGCCGUCACCAGCUGAGCCUUGCCGCAUACCAUUGCCUCCUUCCCCUUGAUGGAUCACGAUAAAUGGUCCCCUGCUGAAGAGCGAAGUCUUAAAUCUAC